GCUUGGAUGCUGUCUUCAAGGCUGUACGAAUUCAUUACUGGAGAAUUCUGAUUGGUUGGAUGCUGGAACCGGAAGGCUUAGAUGAUGAUGUCACUGAUGAUGCCUUAGCUAGCAUAAUGACAUCACUGCUCCUGAGUCAUACAUUAGAUGAAGCCAGCUUGGUGGAGCUCACAGAAGUUAUGCACACCAUCAUUGGUCAGCAUGUCGGUGUACUAGCCAAUAGGAUGAAGGCUUACAAACACCUAUAUGAAGCCGUGCUGCCACCAAAGCCACAGCCCAGCCACGGCCGGCGAGGGUUGCCAGGAGACCACGAGCCAGGGCGAUUAGACAGUGAGGGUCAGACCGAAGACCACGAACAGGCGAACGGAGAGGCGUCGGAGAAUGCAGACGACACCAGGGGGCGGCGCGGCGCGGCGUUCGUCGCAAACUACAUGCGAUUCGUCGCGAACCAUCUCGCGAGCAAGCAAGAUGUGGAAGCGUGCCGCAAGGUGGCAGCACUAGCCGUCGAACAAGCGAACGUGCUCGUGGAGACGCGUGCGGUGUGCGCGGCGGCCAUGCAGGAAGAGGUGGCUGGCUGCUGGAGUCAGUUUGUGAAACUCCUGCUCAGGCAUCUGUACGAGAAUGAUUCAGCGCUGAAACUUAUCGGCGCCCUCUGUUGGCUGAUGUACGAGUCGAACGCCGGCGCCACCGCCGAGGGCGCGCUCGCUGUUCAGACGAUCCACCAGAUGGCGUUGAGCCACUCGCAGUUUCUGUCGGUGAUGCUGGACGAAUCAGGAUGCAUGCGGGCGACGAAAGCCGCGCUAGUGUCGCUCAUGAUGAUGCUGGUGACCUUUGACCCCGCCUGCUGUGAGUCAUCACACGUCGCCGUGCUGCUGGGAGGUUACGCUGCAACGCUGAGUCACACAGACCGACAGCUGCUCCAUCUAGUGGCGCUGUAUGAAACUAACGGUGUGAGUCUCCAGGAGCACAGACCAUUCUUCUGGGGACCGCCCGCCAUUGAACAUUACAACGCGCGUAAGGACGUCGCGCCGUCGCUGUGGAAAGAAGCCAAGAUGGACGCCGUGCUGGAACUGCUGAGUGAGGAGCGUAUGAUGAACCUAGCGACUAACUUCCCGUUGUCACGGCGACUGAGCGAGGACGUCUGCCACGCGACGCUGCACGGCCAAUCAGAGGACGCGUACGAUCCGUGUUUCCUGCUGCCGUUGUUCAGCCAUCUGCUGUCGCCCGGGAAACUCGUCAACUGCACCAAGUUCGUAGAGGUGAACGCCCUCGGCGUGACCUUGGCCGCGCUCGGCAGUAAGGACGCUGCGAUGCGUGGCGCCGCCUACCAUGUGCUCGUGUCGUUCUACCAGCAGCUAGAGGGCAGCACUCGUGCCUCCGAGACGGCGCAGCUCACGCACCUGCUCGAGUGCGUGCGCGACGGCAUCCGCGUAGCCAAUCAGAAGCUGCCGUCGGUCGUUGCCGUGUUCCUCGCGCGGGCCGUGCGACUGCUGCUGACACCUGCGAAGGAUAAGUCAGCGCAGGAUAGCAUCAGCAUCAUCAUCACCAUCAUCAUCAUCAUCGACAUGACCGUUGUUGUUCCUUGUCAGCGAGGUUUCCACGGCGACCGCAUGCGCGAGAUCGUCGCUGUCGUACACACACUCCAGCAGCAUGAGGUGAUGCGCAGAAACCCGUACCUCCGUCACCAGUUCGCCGAGCUGCUGCUGGCGCUCCUCCCGCACCUAAGCAGGGUUGGAGUAAGUGCUGCGACCUGGUGUCAGUAUUUAGAGAUGCUGUCCAUCUUCCUGACAAAACCUGGUGCAAAGGCAGUAAAAGUGCCGGAAGCGGAGGAUGAGGAAGGGGAGGAGGCGGAGAAAGAGAAAGAGAGCGAGGAAACUUUGGAAAUUGCCGAGGUUAGACUGACGCUCACGCAGGUAGUGGGUCUGCUGUGUCAGCAAGUUUGCAUAAGCGGUACCAGACUAAGUUUGCUGAGCAAACUGCAGCCGCCAUCACCGAAGGAGCAUGCGACGCGAGGUCACAUGGUGUCGGCAACCACGGACGAGAAGCGCAGCAGUGCACGCCAUCUGGUGGCCAUACUGCUCCACUGGGAGCCAACGUCGACGCUAACGCCACCUGCCGGUGAAAUCCUGCGUGGCGAAGCGUCGACGGAGAACGCCGCGCCGCCGCUGUCGAUUCCCGGUGUAGAGGGCGCCGCUGAAACCAUGACAGGUCGACGCACACUCCCGGACGUCACGACCGUCGUCGUCGCCAUCUUGGAGUGGUUGCUAGGCGACGCGCACGCGACGCUCAGCGACAAGUGUGCCGUGCUGCGCUGGACGAUGAGUCUGCUUUGUCUUGUCGCCGCGGCAACAUCAGCGGUUGCCCACGACGACGACCUCCUGUCGCGACUCCUUCGUCUCUACCCAGAGAUUGUCGCCGAUACGGCGGAGCCAGCAGAUGGCGCUACUAGACACAGCGCCAGUGCUUCGAAGCCAGUAGGUGGCGCAGCUGUAGAUGGCACCGGAGUCCCACAGCCAGUAGGAGGUGCUAGCCUGCAGCCGCCACUAGAUGGCGCCACCGUGGACAGCACCGACGCGCGUCUGAGAGUGCUGGGGAACUUUCUGAGGAUGCUAUUGGCUAGCGGAGACGCGUGGGAGGACGGGCGGCGAGGCGUCGUCACGGAAACGUGGCUCAUGGCUGAGAAGGUCGCGAGCGUCUGUACGGCUUGAGCGGCGGGCGUGACGUUGUAAACUCGUGAACAUCACGUUCGUAGCGCGCGAGACCAGACUGAUGUUUCAGUGACUGACACAGAGUCUUAGGUUGUUAAGGGAGACCCGGAUCCAUUCGAAAUAGAAGCGAAGGGAAUAUAUUAAUUCUGCAGAAUAAUUACUAGGAAAGUAAUAUUAGGAGUAAAUUCAUUUUAUUAUAAAACCAUGUAACUAUAGAACCCGUUGUAAACAAUUACGACAACUUGUAUUGUACUGUAUUGUAUUGUACAAAUACGUGACAAAUUGUCUUUGUCACGAGCUAUAUUUUGUUAGUUGCUCUGGCUUGUCACCAGGUGGCAGCAGGUGACAAGAGCCACUGACAAGCAACAAGCAGCUUUGUUCAGCUUGACAAAAAUGUUUAGACCGCGGUUGUCGAAACUUGUUAACAGGUUAUAAUUACAUGGAUAUAUUAGAAAAUGAAUUUAAUUACUCCUAAUAUUAUCGUGAUAUGGCUGAUGAAUGUAUAUUUCAUGGUUAUUUACUUUGGUUGAAAGCUUGAGCGGCCGAAUGAAAGCUUGCCCGGAAGUAUCGAUUACAAGAUCGAUUCAAUGUCACAAUCAAGAUUCGCGCGAUGUGUGUGUCGACAUAUUUUGUACCACAUGUUUGUUAAAAAAACGUUGCCUUAAAA